AUGUCAACUCGUUACAUCGCCGAGGUCGACCAGUCCAGGAGGACUGCGACAAGCUGCGCGAUCCUGCCUCCCUUACAUGAACGUUCAGUGGACUACGACAUACGGACUCAACUGGGCCACCGAGAUACCCUCCCUGGCUCGGCCGUCACAUACACCGGCAGUUGGCAGAAGUGUGACCUGGGCGCUUCUUACACCCUGGACCAGAACGGUGAUUGGUCCGCCAAGCAGGACAAUCCCAAUGCGAAGUCCGACUCUCUGAACGUCGCUUCCAAUGACUACGCAGUUGCGGUUCAUAUCAUUGUUAUGUACAAGACCCUCUUCCAAAAGAAGUGGACUCCGCCCAUUGAGACUGUCAACAUUUGGUAUCAGCAAGGGGGACAGACCGCGACCAUGAUUUCCAACCAGGCCACAUCGGUUCAGCCAUACGAAAUGCCGGCUGCGCGCCCAGUCUACUUCAUCAUAUGA